AUGCCGCCCAAGAGGCGGACCACGAUGCCGCCCAAGGGCCGUGGCAGAGCCACGCCGCAGGUCCAGAGGGGCGCGGUGAAACUGAAGCGCAAUUCAAGAUACAGGAUAGAGGAGCCGUUGCACCCUCAACCAAAAUGGGUGCGGGACAACAGCGGUAGGCUCGUGUCCAACCUGCCCAGGAGGCCCAACGUCGGUGGCCUUGGAACCCUCGAGGUAUUCUACCACGUGAACCGCGAAAGCCCAGACGAGGUCCUGCCCCCUCCGAAGACGCUGUGGAGGCAGCGGUACGGCGACCAGCACACCAUCAGCUACAGGCCCCUCUGGGUUGACAUUGCGGGCAACCUCACCGAGCCGCUUAGGAGGCGCAGCGACGUGAGCCUCGGGUCGAGCGAGGGCGGCGACCUGGAGGGCAACGUCGGGGUGCCGUACCUGUACACCUACGACGAGGGUGUGUUGCCCGACGAGGACGGGCUGCAGUACCGGCGCUGGCGGCCCCUGAAGAUACUCGCCAACGGGGGCUAUGGUGUCGUCAUCACAUAUGUGGACGACGCGCGCGGCUUCACUGUAGAUGCGGACAUUGCGAACGAGGACAUAAUAGUGGCUAAGUUUAAUUAUAAAGGAGGCGACCUGGUGGACAUCAUGGCUUCUGUUGUGAACGAAAUCACGAUGUCGGAGGAGAUUCGACGAGCCAGACUAGAAGACGAGGAGGAAACAGCAGCAGAACCAGAACCAGAAGGGACAUCAAGAGCAGCAGUCAAAAGAAAGAAGAAAGAAGAAAUAGUCAGGAAAGGGGAUAUGAAGAAGAGGAGCCGAUCGUCGACCGUCUCGCGAGAGAUGCGCCGGCGUCGUCACAGUGAAGAGAUCAACUAUUACUCCCACUUCCAGACACCGUCGGUGGGGCUCGACGUCGACACGACUGACACGUUCCGUCAGGAGACGGAGAUCCUUGAGAUUCUCGACAUGACCGGCUCACCACACUUUCCGAAAUUCUGGAAGCUCGCUGAUGCGCCGCAGGACGGGACGCUCUGCACGAUGGACUACAUUCCGGGCGGUGUGACGCUAGACCAGCAGUUCAACACACUGGCGAACGAAAAGAUCCCCAUUCGCUUGCUCUGGGAGGCAGUAUUCUGCCUCAGCAAGGCCAUGUCCGUGAUGGCCUAUGGGAGUGAGGACCCGGCGCCGACGCACAGGGUGCACGGCUGGAACCAGAUUGUUCAUCUCGACUGGAGCGAAGCCAACAUCUUUGUGCGGCAGAAUCCCCCUUCGCACACAUGCUCACACGGCCCUUGCUUCGUGGUCGGAGACUUUGGGUUCGCUUUGAUCGUGCCUAACAGGCCCAAGGCGAGGAUUGCAUUUCGCAGAGGGCAUUUGAGAUUGGACUGGCACAAAAACCUCAACCCUCAGCUGCCGCAGGAAGCAGACAUAGAUACGACAAAACCACUUGAAGAGCGAGUGAAAACCCCCAUAAUCGGCCACUUCUCCCACAAGACAAAUAUUUUCCUUAUGGCUGAGGUCUGGAGGGAUAAUCUCGGUGGCAACCAGGUCGGGAGGCUUGGUAUUAUGCGGUACAGGCAGGACAAUCUCACGCCGAUCGAGCAAGUCAAGCUUGAACAAGAUUUGCAGUCACAUCUUCCAGUAGAUGAACGGCUUGGCAGACCCCUCGUAGACGGCGAUGACUGCGACGACGACGCCUCUGACGAUGAUGACUCUGACAGCGCAGACGAUUAUGCGCCGCGAGUGCGUGGAUAUGUCGAUGUGGCCGAGUCCCUGCUGGCACAGAAUGUCGCCCAAAGUUUAAGAGUGUCGGAACAGCGAUUCGUAAAUCUUAUGACCCGCUGCCUCAACCACGACCCAGCGGAGAGGCCGGAGAUUGAAGAGAUCAUGCUGCAAGCUGCUAGGGGAAUGGCUGAAGCUGGCGUGUACGUACCACCCACACCAAGUAGCAGUGAGAACGAGAAUAGCGAAGAUGGCGAGGACGACGAGUAA